ACACACACACACACAAAACUCAAUUUAUGUCAAAAUAGAUACUCAACUCCCAUCUCUUUUCAUCCACAGCUAAACUUGGACAAUUUUUAGCAUCAUUGGAGACUUGAGGGAAGCUUGAAAAGACUCAUCUAUUGUUUGGACUUGAUUCCCACUUGCUUGGAGCUUUAGCGAAGAAACAUGGCUAUGGCUUUCUGUGAUGCUCUGAUUUCCAUUGGAGGAAAAGUUGUUGAAUUAUUGGUGGAGCCAGUUGGGCGUCAAUUCGAUUAUGUCUUCUAUCGAGUGAAAUACAUUGAAGAGCUACGAAAGCAAGUUCAAAAUUUAGAGGCUCAGAGAAAAGAUGUGCUCGACUCCAUCGAUGCAGCUAAAAGGAACAGAGAAGAAAUUCUAGAAAGUGUCAAGAAUUGGAUUGACAAAGUUAAUGGGUUCAUUCUUGAGGCUAAAGAGUUUCUAGAAGGUGGUACCAAUGUGAACCAGAAAUGUUUCAAUGGGUGGUUUCCUGAUUUGGUCACACGACGCCGGCUAGGUAAGGCAGCAAAAAAUAAAGCAGAGGAGGCUAAAGAGCUAGGAAAAGAAGGCACAUUCAAUAACAACAUAUCCAAACCUGUACCUCCCUUGGGGAUAGAGUCCAUACCCUCUGAACAGCUCGUGCCUUAUGCUUCUAGAGAUUUGGCAAUGACGAAUGUAAUGGAGGCACUAAGGGAUGACAAUAUCAACUUCAUUGGAAUACAUGGUAUUGGAGGCGUUGGAAAGACAACUUUGGUCACAGAAAUUGGUAAAAAAGCUAAAUCUGAUAAGCUUUUUGACGAUGCUGUGAUGGCUGUAGUGUCUCAGAACCCAGACAUUAAAAAAAUUCAAGGUCAAAUAGCUAGCUGGUUGGGUUUCACCGAAUUAAAUAAUAAAGAAAAUGAAAUUGAAAGAGCAACCAUGCUGUGUGCAAAACUCAAGGAUGUGAAGAAGAUCCUUGUUAUAUUGGAUGAUGUUUGGGCCAAACUUAAUUUGGCAGAUGUGGGCAUUCCAUUUGGCAAUGAUCACCCGGGUUGCAAAAUCGUAAUCACAACACGGCGUGAGCAAGUAUGCAGAACCAUGGGACAUGAAUGGGAGAAAACAAAGAUAGUCUGGCUUGAUGUUUUACCUGAACAAGAUUCAUGGGACUUAUUCGGAAAGAACGUUGGCGACGUUGUUGCCUCUUCCGCGUUGAAUGAUGUGGCCAGAGAGGUUUGUAAAGAAUGUGGAGGGCUUCCCAUAGCAGUAGUUACGGUUGCAAAGGCAAUGAAAGGUAAAUCUAACCUUGAAGAAUGGAAAAAUGCAGCUCAAGAAUUAAAAAAAUCAGUGCCAACAAACAUUGAAGGUGUUGAUCAACUAGUGUACAAAAGUCUUAGGUUGAGCUAUGAUUACCUGCAAGAUGAGGAAGCCAAGGCUUGCUUCUUGCUUUGUUCUCUGUUUCCGGAGGAUCAUGACAUCUUAGUAGAAGACUUGGUGCGAUAUGGGAUGGGGUUGAGAUUAUUCAAAAAUGUUGAUACAGUGCAAGAAGUCAGGGGCAGAGCAAAUUCAGUGAUCAGCAAUCUCAUAAAUUCCUGUUUGUUAUUAGCUAGUGAUGAACAAGAUUGCAUUAAAAUGCAUGAUGUUGUACGUGAUGUUGCCAUAUUUAUUGGAUCCAAAAAGCACUUUGUAAGAGCUGGUUGCAAUUUGAAAGAUUGGCCAAAUAUGGAUAGUUUGGAUCAAUACACUGGCUUAUCGUUGAUGGGAAAUCAAAUCAGUAACCUUCCUGAGGUCUUGGAAUGUCCAAAGCUCCAAAUAUUACUAUUACAAUACAAUGAAAAUGAAUGGUCAUGUUCACAUGAAUUCUUUUCAAGGAUGAAAGCACUGAGUGUUUUAGAUUUGAGCCAACUUGGCCACAAUUUUGACAAUUUAAUUCGUAGUCCUGAUGCUUUCAAUAACCAAAUGUGUCUUCGAACAUUAGUUCUUGACGGAAUUAAGUUUGGGGACACUAAAUUUCUUGGACAGUUAAAGACGCUUGAAGUCCUUAGCCUCAGGCGUGCCUUCUUUUCUGAGGCACCAAAUGCUAUAAGGGAGUUAACUAAUCUAAGGUUGUUGGACAUGACUGAAAGCCAUCAUGAAUUUCCGAUUCCGGCCACAAUGGUAUUGCCUUUAUUCCAUUUGGAGGAGUUGUACUUGUUUGGCAUCACAUCUUCGAGUAUCGGAUACCCUGCAGUGGAAGUAGUUGCUGCACUAAGAUCUUUGCCUCGCCUAAAAAUGCUAACCAUUUCCAUACCUGACAUUGCGGAUAUACCCAAGGACUUUGUUUUUCCUGAGCUGGAAAGUUUUAUUAUUUUUAUUGGAAAAUCGAGGUGGGGGGUGAGUGUUGAAGGUUACUCCCGAAAUUAUUUGAAUCUUGCAAAUUUGGUUGGAACCAUGAUUAAUUGGAGUAAAUGGCUAAAGAUGGUGUUGAAGAGAGUUACACGUCUGAGGAUUGAAGAUUGUUCUGAAUUGGAAUACUUGAUCAACACAGAGGAAUGGGGGAUUUCAUCACAGGCACAACCACGUGAUCUGCAAUUCCUCUUCAACCUGGAAGAAUUGGAACUCUCUUAUUUGCCUAUUUUCAAAGGGAUAUGCGCAGCAAGUGCACUUACUACUUCCAGCUGGGUGGGCUUCCUAAAGCUCAGAAGCUUGGAUGUGUACAGCUGUCCUUCACUAUCAACUGUUCUUCUUCCAUUUAGGGAUGGCAAUGGGGAUCCUACCCUAUGGGUAUCCAUGCAUAUCCAAUCCAAAUAUAUGGAUUUUUCCCCAUUUUUUUACCCAUAGGAUUAAUUAAGUGGGUUUUUUUAACUAUCCAUAGGAUAUGGGUCGGGAAUGGGUACCCGCCCAUUUCCCCAAAUGUUAGGGUUCUCAUUCUCUCAGUUUCACGGUUUCUCAUUCUCAUUCUCACUUUCACUCUCAUUCUCACAUAGCAGCGAAGGCAACGAUCUCCAUCGGUUUCCAAAGACAACGAUCUAGCGCCGGCGAUCUCCGUCGGCGUUAGCACGGUGGUUCUCCGGCGUGAGUUGUUGCUUCACAGAGUUGUUGCUUCACAGAGUUGUUGGCACUCUUUUGCAAUUGGCGAAACCUGUCGAAGAGACUUACGCAUCAAUCAGCAGAAAAUACGGUUAGCUUCACAGAGUUGUUGCUUUGAUUCAUGGAAAUUUUAACUCAAUGUUGUUUAAAGCUAUGGAUUUAAAUCAGUUGUGAAUUCUGAUGCAUUUGGAAAUUGUUAGCUUUGAUUUCUUAUGUGGAAGAUGAAAUUGAUUUACUGUCUAUUUAUUUUCUUGGGACUUUGCUAUGUUAUGUUAUGUUAAAAGGGUUUAGGGUCAAAAUGGAUUGCAUAAAAGCUUUGUUAAAAAAAUGCCAAUUCCCUCUGCAAAUGAUCAAGAUCAAUACAGCUACUCCUUAUGUUUAGGGUUAUUUGUAUGACUGGAAAUUGCUGAAAAUGGUUGGUUCUGAUUCUGAUGUCUGAGACACACACACACACACAAACGUGUUAUCUUCUUGUUUCACAACUAAUUUGAAGGCACCAAGUAUAAUGAAUCCUUUAGGUUAGAUUAGAAAUGAUGUUGUAGGAUGAAAUUUCUAGUUGUCUGUUGAUCAGGAAAUAAUGUGUUAGCACUUAGCAUUGGUAAAUUGCUCAGACAAUUCUAAUAUCUUCCAUUUGAUGUUGUUGAAUUGAAUGGCCUAGAUAUGGCAUAUGAACAGAUUUGUAGAUUUCAGAUCUGGAUGUUCAUUAGUGAGGGAAAGAAUAAAGAAACAAUCAAACUAAAGUACCUAGGUUAAACCUUUGACCAAGUGUAGUACUCUUCCUUUUACCUCAUGAUCUACAAUCAACAGUGAGUGAUUCUCGAUGACUGCCUCUCAAUUGACUCAAGAACAUAGAGAUUUUUAUAUAAGAACUUGGAUGUUCAUAUGUGUAGCCUAUUUGGGUCUUGUUCACUGUCUUCUAUGGUAAUUGAUUAGAUUUCCAUCUUGAAACUAGCUCAGCUGAGUUACUACUAAAUCAUAAAACAGAGCCACAACUCUUUUCUUUAGCUUAACUGUACCUGAACCAAUUAUGUUUAAGGCUUUAUGUUGUUGUUUAAGGCUUUAUGUUUUCCUAGGCCAUUCUCCUAAGAUCUGAAAAAAUAAAAUAAAAUAAUGAAGAAAAGAAAUAAUAAGAUUAACCAAUUAUGAUUUGUCCAAAUUAUUGUUGAUGCUAAAAAGUAUGUUUUCUUUAGCUUAACUGUACCUGAACCAAUUAUGUUUAAGGCUUUAUGUUUAAGCAGCAAAAGCACAAGACAGGAAAGCUGUUGUUUAAGGCUUUAUGUUUUCCUAGGCCAUUCUCCUAAGAUCUGAAAAAAUAAAAUAAAAUAAUGAAGAAAAGAAAUAAUAAGAUUAACCAAUUAUGAUUUGUCCAAAUUAUUGUUGAUGCUAAAAAGUAUGCCCAAUUUAGUCCCCAUUGGAUGGGGGUUUGGGAGGGGUAGAGUGGGUUGUUGUUGUUCCUGUUAUAUCCAUAGUAUGUGAGAUUCAUAGGACUGUUCUUCUCAGUGGUUUACAUAAAUCAUCAUCUUAGUAAAUAAACUAAAUAUAUUGAAAGAGCAGCAAUUAUGAGCAUUUGUUUUCUUAAAAAUGCUUGUCUCUUUCAGAUGUGAGACACUGAAUUAUGAGCAUUUGUUUUCUUAAAAAAGCCACUGAAUUGUUUUCUGGAACUAAAUAUCCCACAGCUAAUGUUGCUUUUCCAAAUUUAUGUGAGAUUAGGAUAACUAUCUCCCAAUGGCUCUCUUGUUCAAUUGAGGUUGUUAGAUCAAUGGCAUCAAAAAUGUUGAGCAAGUUUGACAAAUAUUGGGUUGUUAUACAUGGUCUUAUAGGGGUUGCUGUUGUACUUGAUCCUAGGUACAAACUUAGUGUGUUGGAGUUUUAUUUUGAUAAACUUUAUGGAGAUACAGCUGAAGAGGAAAUUGCGAAGAUUCGCCAACUUUGUUAUGACUUGUUGCAAGAGUAUCAAAGAAAACUUAGUUUAGGGACUGGUACUAAUGUUGAAUCUUCUACAAGUUCAAAUUUUGGGGAUUCAGAGGUAGUUUCAGAUUAUGAUUUGUUUAUUAGUAGAAAGCGAAGAAAAAAAGUCAACAAUGUAACAUCAGAGUUGGACCAUUAUUUAGAAGAGGAUGUUGUGACAAGAACUCCCAAUUUUGAUGUGUUGACUUGGUGGAAAUCAAAUGCAUCGAAGUAUCCAACCUUACAGGCAAUAGCUAGGGAUUUUUUAGCUAUUCCGGUAUCUACUGUUGCUUCUGAGUCUGCAUUUAGCACUAGUGGUAGGUUGGUGAGCCCGUAUCGAAGUAGACUUCAUCCAGAUACUUUGGAAGCAUUGAUGUGUGCACAGAGUUGGUUAUGGGCUAUAGAGAUGCAAGGAAAUUCAACAUUAGAAUCAGUUGGUUACGCCACUAUAUAUGAUGAUAUGGAUGUGAAUCAGAGUUGAUCUUUCUUUUGCAUUUCUCUUGUUG